UCACGCAACAAUGCAGAGAUGCUGCAGUUCUAUCGUGUACUGGUCAAUCUCAAACUUGCUAGGCUCAUUGAGAUAAAGGGUCGGACCAAAGUCACCAUGCAGUCUGAAGAAGCUUAAAUAACAGUGCAGGAAGAAUUCCAGAAAAUAUCGGAGUCUGUUGGUUUGUCCAGAAUCCUCAAGGUGUGGGGCAAGGUCAUACCGUCAUAGAGAUUUACAGCGCAGGAAAAGGCUCUUCGGCCCAUCGCAUUCCCACUCACUAAAAACAAACACCUAACUGAAAGAAAAUCCAUCCAUUCGUAGUGGUUUCGAUUUGAGGUGCCAGUUCAUCAUGGCGGUGGAUAAUGAGACUCUGGAAAUGCUAUCAAAUCAAACUAUUAAGACUACUCUUCCCAUCUUUUACAUCAUUGUUGCAACCAUCAGCCUGCCUGGGAAUGGGUUCUCAUUGUUUCUUCUCUGCCGAGCACAACCUAAGACCCCUUCCAUCAUCUUCAUGAUCAAUCUCACCCUCACUGAUCUUCUACUGGCCAUCUUCUUGCCUUUUCAGAGCGCAUACCACUGGAACGGUAACAAUUGGAUCUUUGGAAUUGAACUGUGCAAUGUAGUUACUGUGCUAUUCUAUGCGAACAUGUACUGCUCCAUCUUAACGAUGACAUGUAUUAGCUUGGACCGUUAUGUAGGAGUAGUGCUCACAAUGCACUGUGUGAAAUGGCGGACAAAGAAGCACGCAAUUGCAAUUUGCCUAGGAAUGUGGGCAGUCAUGUUGGUUGUCUUACUGCCAUUGGAGAUGAAGGAUUUGACAUAUGACGUUCAUGAACUCAAUAUUACCACGUGCUUUGACAUUCUGAAGAUGGACAUGCUACCUUCCAAAGGAGCUUGGGCAGCUUUUCUUUUCACUUUAUUUAUGAUCCUGUUCUUAAUUCCGUUUAGUGUGACUGUGUAUUGUUACAUUCGGAUCAUUGCCAAGCUGAUCAAUACCUCUUCAAGUUAUGUCAGUGCACAAAAGAGGAGAGCUAUUGGUUUAGCUUUAAUUGUGCUGCUGGUGUUUGUCACGUGUUUUGCACCCAACAACUUUAUCCUUCUAGUUCAUAUAAUCAAACGGAUCUUUUUCAACAGAGGGAUUUACACAGCCUACAAAGUCACGCUCACCCUGAGCUGCUUAAAUAGCUGCCUUGACCCAUUCAUUUAUUAUUUUGCCUCCAAAGAGUUUCGUAAGAAGCUCAGAACAUACUUGGGCAUAGCAAUAAUCUCAAGCCAAGGAAGUCUAACCGAAUGCAGAAGAGAAAGCAUGUUCUCAAUGCGGUCAGGCUUACAAAAUCACCAAGCUUUGGAAAUGCAUCUCUCUUUGAAUUCAACAAAUGAUUCAGUAUAGACUAAAGUUGGCAGAAGACAGUGCGAUGUAUUAUACCGAAAGCAAACCUAUAACUGAUGGGAAGGUUUCCUGAUUGUUCGAUUGCAGAGUUAAGAUAUUAAGAGUGAAACCAACUUUGAGAUCAUGCAUCUCUGGAAGCAAUGGAAAAAUUCCAAAGCCACAAGUAGUUCUCAGAUUUGAUACCUAUUUAAAACUUGUCACAUUAAUUCCAUGGUUUCCCUAGUUCACAGUUAAGAUUUCCAGCCAGAAGUCAUUGAGGUUCCCCCUUGGUUCUGAGGGGUGAGAAGGUGGAGAUUUGAAAAUCAUUUGCAAUGGGUUCCACAGGCAACAACAUGACCAACUGCUGAAUGCAACUGAAAAUGGUCAGAUAACGAUCCACAGACGACCUUGAGCUCUCCGUUGAAAGAUGAAUGUAGCAAAGGGAACAUGCAUGGAUCUAAAUCCCUUUGAUGGAGUGAAAAGGGAGGAUUUGCUUUUCAUUUUUAGCUCUUAAUAAUCUGCCAAUGUUUCUGGUCAAGAUUUAUGAACCAUUAAGUUAACUCCCACCUCCUUGUCUCUGUAACUGCUUGCUUGAUCUGUUGAGUAGUUUAUCACACUUUGUGUUUUUAUUAUAGAAUUCUAUCAGAUAUUUUGCUUUUUGCCAUCUUCCAACCCCCAGGUUAACACUGUUCUCGGGAAUCAAUAAUCAAUAUGGAAUUUAUGAUGCUGCUCAGUUCA